CUUUUUCCUUUUUCUUUUUAUCGCGACGGAAAAACCAUGACCAACGAUAAAGCCAAGGUUCACGAAGAAUAUCAGUAUUUACAACUCAUCCAACGUAUUCUGGACGAAGGCGAGCAUCGUGCCGACCGAACAGGAACAGGCACCGUCGCCAUCUUUGCCCCACCACAAUUACGCUUCUCUCUCAAAGAUGAUGUCUUCCCACUGCUGACAACGAAACGUGUCUUUUAUCGCGCGGUCGUCGAAGAGUUGCUUUGGUUUGUUCGCGGUGACACCAAUUCGAAGCAUUUAAGCGAUCGAGGCGUCAAGAUUUGGGACGGCAAUGGAUCGCGCGAGUAUCUCGACAAGAUCGGAUUGGGUCAUCGCAAGGAAGGCGAUCUAGGUCCAGUGUAUGGGUUCCAGUGGCGUCACUUUGGUGCCGAAUACAUUGACUGCGAUACCGAUUAUACAGGUCAAGGCGUGGAUCAGCUUCAGCAUGUCAUUCAUCAGAUCAAGAACAACCCUACCGAUCGCCGCAUUAUCUUGUCGGCCUGGAAUCCAGUUGAUAUUCCAAAAAUGGCCCUUCCUCCGUGCCACGCUUUCUGUCAAUUCUACGUAUCGUCCCCUCCAGCGGACGGUGGUCGCGCACGACUCUCAUGUGUGUUAUAUCAACGAUCUUGCGAUAUGGGACUAGGCGUCCCAUUCAAUAUUGCUUCUUACGCGUUGUUAACACGGAUGAUUGCCCAUGUGACAGAUUUGGAACCGGGUGAAUUUAUCCACACCAUGGGCGAUACGCAUGUGUAUGUGGAUCACACUGACGCUUUGAAGCAACAACUGGAGCGUGAGCCUAGACCCUUCCCAACUUUGCGAAUCCCACGUAAAGUGGAAUCCAUUGAUGACUUUAAGUUUGAAGAUUUCAUAUUAGAAAAUUACCAUCCUCACGGCAAAAUCGACAUGAAAAUGUCUGUAUAAAGCUCAUUCUUUCAUUGUACUCAUUUAAUUUAAAGCGUUAUAAAGUCGUCUUGCGCUCUAUUAAAAUCCUACACCCUUUUAUUGG